AUGGCGUCGUCGCCAGAGGCUCAAUCCGGUAGCAGCAAUAGCAGUAGUGAAGAUGAGUUUGAUUUAGGAGGGCCUUCGCUUAAGUCUAGUGGUGAUACUACAAAGAUUAGCAAGCCAGUGGAUCCAGACAAACUCUUUAGUGAUGACAGAGGAGAUGAUAACAACACAGAGGGAAAUGCUAAGACGAGAGUGACGUCUUCUAAGAAAGAAGCUGGCAGCGUAAAGGACAAAGAGAUGGAAGACCUCUUUGGCUCGGACUAUGAUUCUGAAGAGGAGGAAUUCAAGGCUUCAGGUGUGAAGGAAUCUCCUGCUCGAGACGGUAGCCGUAGUAACGAAGACCUUUUUGGAGAUGAAACAGGGGACCGAAGUGUUUCUGGAGGGGGCGAUGGGGACAAUGGGUAUUUGGACAAUAUGUGGUUGCCCAGGACCCCCAAGGCUUCCAAGACAGUCGAGCAUUUUAUCAGCAAGAUGCCCAACAUUUUGCGUCUCGUGCCGGAGCCUUAUACUAAAGAAGCUAUUCGAGCUGAGAUGGCCAAUCCGUCCGAUGAGACGCUGUACCGCAAUUAUGUGCGUUGGCGCUACAAACGCGAUCCAGCGACAGGUCGUGUGCUGCUGGACGAGACAACCAAGCUCCCGCUGCGGGAAUCCAACGCCAAGCUAGUACAGUGGGAGGACGGCACGUUCUCCAUGUUUGUGGGCAAGGAAGCAUUGACAUUGUCUCGUCAGAAACUUACCAACUCGUUCCUGUUUGUGAACGAGAUGGCGAGUCAAGAGAGUGUGCUAGAGUGCCAUGCACGUCUUAAGGAGAAGUUUACGAUCCGCCCGAUGACUACGGCCAGCAAGUCGCACAAGAGUCUUACCAUGUCCAUGCGCGCCAAGCACAACAAGAGCAUGCAGAAGAUGAAGGAAUACAUUUCCGAGCUGGAUGGCGAGCGCGAGCAGGAGCAGCGCGUCAAGAUUACAGACGAGAAGCUGAGACUACAGAACCGUAAGAAGGCGCGUCAAGGUUACGAGUACGACCGAGAACGCUCGUCACGCAUGGAUGCGCAGUUUCUUGAAGAAGGCUUUGAUGGUAUGGACUAUGACGAUGAUGAGCACGUGGGUGCUAUCAAGGAGCAAUUCGGGAAGCGGAAGAGCUCGGCUACACAGCGGAAGAAUGGAGCUCGCCUACCAGUGCCCGGUGGCGGCUUUGACGAGUACCGCAGCAGCCAGCGCCAGCGUGAGCUUGAGCGUGUACGCGACGCUGAUAGGUCAGAGAGUGACAACGAUGCUGGUUUGGACGAGGGCGAGGAUGACGAAGAGGAGGAAGACAUGGUCAUCCAUAGCAAUAAGAAGCGACGCACGGUGGAUGAAGAAGACUCGGAAUAA